AUGGGGAUCCUCUUCACCAGGAUAUGGAGGCUAUUCAACCAUCAGGAGCACAAAGUAAUCAUUGUUGGGCUGGACAACGCAGGCAAAACCACCAUUCUUUAUCAAUUCUCCAUGAACGAGGUGGUGCACACCUCGCCCACCAUCGGCAGCAACGUGGAGGAGAUCGUGGUGAACAACACGCGCUUCCUCAUGUGGGACAUCGGCGGCCAGGAGUCCCUGCGCUCCUCCUGGAACACCUACUACACGAACACUGAGUUUGUGAUAGUUGUUGUGGACAGCACAGACAGAGAGAGAAUUUCUGUGACUAAAGAAGAGCUCUAUAAAAUGUUAGCACAUGAGGACUUAAAAAAAGCAGGUUUGCUGAUCUUUGCUAACAAGCAAGAUGUCAAAGAGUGUAUGACAGUAGCUGAAAUCUCUCAGUUCCUGAAGCUGACUUCAAUUAAGGAUCACCAGUGGCACAUUCAGGCAUGCUGUGCUCUAACUGGAGAGGGACUGUGCCAAGGACUCGAAUGGAUGAUGUCAAGACUUAAGAUCAGAUGAUUUUUAAUGACCUCUUUGCACAGACCUUGCUUCAGAAGAGCUGUACCCAUGGUUACCUUCCCAGUGGCAGAAUUAAUGGGUUAGGUGUAUUUAUACCGAACUGAUUGCAACUUUAUUUUCUACAUUAGAUGCACACACACACCCCCCCCUGUAUAUACAUUAAGACCAUUCAGCAAAAAGAAAGCUGCAGCUGAUGGCUCCAGUUUGGCUUUCCUCUUUCUUUUCCUCUGAGGAUGAGUUUAAAAGCUGUGAUCGACCCUCUUGUCACGAGACAAACACUCGGAACAGUCUGGUGGUGAAGAUGGAGAGGAAGGAGCUUUGACUUUUGAGUUCUGUUAUUCCAGUGUAGCCCUCCCUAGAUGAAGAUCUUGGCUUCCUUACUCCAGUAAAUUAGAGAGCAAAUUGAUGGGUUUAGAUACCAACCAACCUGCCAGUAUUUUUAAGGUUCCUGAUGUUACAAAUGCAGAACUCUUUUC